AUCAGUCUAUCCUGAGCCAACGAUCACGCUAGAGCACGCACAUUACACCGACACACCAGUACGACAAGUGCCUCGGCUCGCGUGUGCGAUCGAGUCGCUUUUCUCCAGCCGCGCACGCUCGCGGUGUUUACAAAUCGUUCUCAUAAAUCGUUCUCUCACUCUCCCUUGUGCAAGCGUCGGUGGUGGCGGCGGAGGACCACCGGGGGUCGCGCGGGGCGAAGGGAGGAAGAGCUGGUGGAGGUUGGCAUCGAGAUCGGAUCGAUCGAUUGCUCCCGCGAGGGCAGAGAUGAAAGUUUACACAGUUUACAUAAAUCUUCACGAUUUGUUGGAGUGUAAAUAACUGUUAAUGAAAAUAUGAUUUCCUCAAUAUUUCUUACUGGCUCGGUUGGUGGUGAUAGUGCGUGCGAGUGUGAGAGGAGAAUGAGGGAGAAAGGGAGAGAGUGAGCUAGCAAAAGCAGGACGGGGAUAGUGCAGCAGCAGUUCCGUGACGAUCGUUCACUGUGGCACUGUGGUUUGCUUCUCAAGGAUAACCACAAUUAACGCGAGGCCCUCCAGCUACUCGACUCGGCUUAUGCACACCAGGAAGGUGGCCAGGAACCGCGCAACCCGGCUGAUGUAAACCUAAGCUGCUUUUCCAAGAAUUACAUGCAAAUGCAAAAUUACAAUUCAAAUGCGAGCUCACCUUCACCAGGGCGCGUGCUCUUCCAUCAAUCGCAACUGUCAUUUCGAACGUCAAACGUCUUUCAAACGUCUUGAUCCUCUCUUUUUCUUCCGGACGAUCGCGAUCAUCCUCUCAUCCUUCCCGAACACACCGACCACACCAUGACUGACCACGCCCACUAACCAGUUCACUCGUCUGCAGUUCAUUCUAGCCGGGGGUUCAUUCGCCAGUCGGCCGAACGGGGCGCAUUCACUCGCACGUUUGCUCUCGCGUUCAUUCAUUCGUGUUCGAGAUGCUGUCGCGAGAUGUUUAAAACUUUGUGAAGCUGCCGCAACAAGACCAAGAUCGGCCCCGAGUGCACAGUGGAGCGUUUUGUGUGUGAGCUGUACCGGUUACGAAUAGUGUGGAUGGGAGGAAAUACAUUUUCAUUGUAAAACAGUUGUCUACCUCGGAGCGGGUCUGGCUGAAAAUAGUGCAUGCUGAUAGUGUACGCGCCGAGUGAUCGAAGUGCAGCGAGCUUUAAUCGGCUAAAUCUGGAGCAGAGCCACCGUGCGUGUGUGUGAAUACGUUUUGUGAGUGGAAACCGUGAAAUAAAGCGACGCGUGAGUGGUAAGGCGAAAAAGCAAAGAUUGGAAUGUAACGGGCACGACUGGAACGCAAAUAAUUUACCUUCCAGUUUUGUUUUGUUGUUUUUGGUGUGUGCAUUUUUUCUGCGGGACACCCCGGAUCGAAAGUGCAUCGCCGCGAAGAAGUGCAUAAGUACGGCGUGUGCGCGUGGGCGACAAGAAAAGUGAACGAGCAACUUUCGAGCAAUCAGUGGACAGAUAGAGAGCGUUUUUUUUUGUUGUUGUCUUCUCCACCCGAGGUUUGUGGCGGUGUAUGAUUGUGUGCAGUCCGAAGGUGCCUGCAACCUGUAAUCUAGUGAGCCUUUGGCGAGGCCAGAGCCUCACAGCGAACGGAAAGCAAAAGUGCAUCGAAGUGCUGCGAAGUGCCAGCACAGACGAAAAAAAAGGGUCUACAGUGUGUGUGUGUGUGUGGUGGGCAGGUAGAAGGAGGUCCUUUCGGAACAUCGGCCAACAGGCCCGAGAGUGUCAGGAAAUUAAAACAAGAGAGCAGCAGCAUAUACAUACACUAACACACUUACACGCCACACCAAGUCACACAGAUAUAGAUAUAUGCAGCAAGUGCAAGGAAGUGCAGACGAACCGAAAGAGGCAAAACCCGUACGUCGAGCGUCCUGUCGCGAAGUGUGCAGUGGUUCGAUGUGAAAGUCGUGUGACGGUCGAGCGAAAUUCCGGGUCGGAUUUUUUCUCUAGUGAAAUAAUGCUUUGUGCCGGUGGUUGGCCGCUGAGCAGGAAACAUUCGAACGCCCAUCGACAGAGCCCUCCCGUGCUUGUCACGACACAGUGCCAUAGGGGCCAAACGGGCCGCAAGUGUUACGGUCAGCAGUAGUUGCCGUUUGACGCGUCCAUUAUCCGAGUAUCCGGGCUUCAUAGAGAGCAGCUUAUCUGACCUAUUCAGAGAGAGAGCGAGAGAGAGAACGAGAGAGAGAGGUCCUUGGGGAUAUCCUAUCGGACGCGCGAUAUCCUUCGUGACGGCGAGUUCCCGGGUCCGUUCCGGCGGCUCGGAGUACAUGACGCGGGAACGGCUGCGUGCGCAUGCGGCUGCAUGUCCCCGCGGCUGCAGCGAAAGCGCAGAUUUCCCGAGGACACAGCUCGGCGAACCUGUCACGCAGCGAGUAACGACGAGCAGACGGCACACUAGAAGAAGACCGUUGCUUCCCGCGAACAUGCACGCCUGGUUCUAUGUGCUGGUGGUGUUAGCGAUUUCACACGGUGUAUUGCGAGUCGCUAGCACCGGCCCCAAUGGAGCGCCACAGACGAAAGUCACCACAGUGAUUGGGAUCGGCGGAGAGCAGCAACAGUCCAGCAGCCGCUACAAUCAGCCGGACAGCAGCAGCAGCAGCAGUAGUAGCAGUAGUAGUGUUGUAAGCAGUAGUGAUACCAACGAGUAUGAGGAGUACGUCGCCGGGAAGGACGCAGCCCCGGGUGGCGAGAUGGAGGAAGAGCCGGCGGAGGAGUCGGAGCUAGAGAACGCGAUCAGUGACGGGGAGGCGGACGCUAGUGAUGACGACGCCCGGUACGGUGACAGCGCCAGCAGGCCCGAUCCUAAAACACUAGUCGAGAUCGAGAAGAAUCUCCUGAGCCUGUUCGGGUUUCCUAAUCGACCAAAAAUCGAUAGAUCUAAGGUGGUGAUACCGGAGGCGAUGAAGCAGCUGUACGCGCAGAUCAUGGGCCAUGAUCUGGUCGACUCCGUCAGUGUACCAAAGGAAGGACUCAACACGCGCAACGCCAACACGGUGCGAAGUUUCACGCACGAAGAAAGUCACAUAGACGAGCGGUUCCAGCACCAUCAUCGCUUCCGGCUACUGUUCAACGUAUCGAGUAUCCCGCGAGGCGAGAAGCUACGGGCCGCCGAACUCACCCUAACCCGGGACGGGAUCGCACACAGAAGUGGCCGGGCCCUGGCUAGGACACCGGUCCAGUACCAGGUGCUCGUGUACGACAUAGUCCGGCCGGGCGUGAAAGGUAAGCGAGCGCCCACCUUCCUGCUGGUCGACACGAAAACGCUCGCCAUCAACGAGUCCGGUACGGCCAGCUUCGAUGUGAUGCCGGCCGUCGAACGGUGGCUUAGGCAACCGCGCAAAAAUCACGGCCUGUUCGUGCAGGUGACUGGUCGGGGACGGUCGGCCGGAGCUGUCGGUCACAGUCGGCAGAGGCGUAGCGUGCCAGCAGCUGUACCGGUGCACGAGCACGUGCGGUUACGGCGGAAUGCGGCCGAACGGCACGAUACGUGGGUGCAGAAGCAACCGCUGCUGUUCACGUACACGGACGACGGUCGACACAAGCAGCGACCGAUCCGGGAUGCGAUCAGCAGCGCGAACAGGGCAAGGCGUGCGUCGGCCAAGCGGAGUAGUCGGCGGAAAAAUGAGCUCUGCCAGCGGAAGCCACUGUACGUUGACUUUAGUGAUGUCGGGUGGAACGAUUGGAUAGUGGCGCCGCCCGGGUACGAGGCGUACUUCUGCCAGGGCGACUGCCGGUUCCCGAUCGCGGACCAUCUGAACACGACGAAUCACGCGAUCGUGCAGACGCUGGUCAACUCGUACAAUCCGACGCUAGCGCCGAAGGCUUGCUGUGUGCCGACGCAGCUAUCCUCCAUCUCGAUGCUGUAUCUGAACGAGCAGAACAAGGUGGUACUGAAGAACUACCAGGACAUGACAGUUGUUGGUUGUGGCUGCCGGUGAAAGGAGUGACGGGGGGAGGGAAGGCAUGUUUUCUGUGAGAAAGCAUAGAGAGAGAGAGAGAGAGAGGUUUUUCGGAUAGGUAUCGACGAGAAUGGCGAGGAUGGAUGACCAUAGGAAUCGGCAGGGCCGCUACUGUUUGUUUAAUUAUUACUUUAAAUCUUUGUUUUGUGUAUAAAAAAAAGCACACACACAUGCGUUCGAACGUACUAAGGAAAAGCGAGCAGCAAGAGCGUAUGUAUUUGUGCGUGUACGUGGGGUUAAACAAAGCGGUGUACCAUAGUAGCAGGUAGUAGUAGUAGCGAUAGCAGUAGUAGUAGUAGUCGUCAGUAGGAGCCAUUCUCCGCUGCAUGCUGCGAGGUGAGAGUGCGUGACGUCAAAGCAGAGAAGAAGCCAUAAUCAACAUACAUACGGAACUAAUCGAGAGUAACGAAAUAAAACACAGGUUGGUGCGCGAAACACACGGUAUUUUGUCCGUCCGAGAUGUCCGAGGAGAGAGUUGUUCAGAGUGGAGAGCCUGGUGAGAUAGUGGAUAGAUAGGCUUGGGGAAACUAGUGCUGUGGCAUAGGUGUUAGAUGGCGGAGACUUCAGCAGAGAACAGGGGAAAGCUCAUAUUGUACAUAUUUAUUUGAUAGGAAGCUUAACAGGGGGGGAGGACGGUUUGCUCUUGUGUCACAGGGCCUGCUCGAAGGUGUGUGUGUGUGUGUGAGUGUAUAAAGUAACAGGAACUAUAUAGUGAGAUAAACUAGAGCAUUAAACUUAUCGCACUCAUCGAUGGAUUGGAAAGGUAGGAGAGGCAGGACACAGAUCGAGUCAAAAAGUCACGAAACAGCUUAGCGCGUUGCGUGGCAGUCCUUUACGUUUUGCGUUGCUUGAGCAGCUUUUAUAAAGUUCCGAACACACAACUUCCGGUCGCUUUCCUCGUGGUCGCCUGCCGCUGUGAGGGGAGUGGCCUAUACACUAUUACGUUUAGGUCACCGCUACACUAUGUUUGAAUAUGAUUUUGUGUGUUUGUGUGUGUGUGUGUUUGUGUAAAUUUUUGUAUAUUAUUACUGUACCUGUAAACGGAAGGAAAAACAACGUAUUUAUUUUACGAAACAGCGGAAGCGUGUAAUUGAGGAAUAAAUUUGUAAGAAAUUCAAAACCGUA